UCUUCAUUCACUACCAUGGGUCGUGGCAUCCUCUUGACUUCGAAUCUCCCUCAACUGCAAAAUCUCAUCAAGCGUGACCCAACUGCAUACAAGGAAGAAUUUCUGCAGCAAUGGAACCAUUACAACAGUAUUCGCCAGAUUUUUCAAGCAAAUCCAAGCGAACACGCCCAACAAUUCAGAGAGCUCGUCACAUUCAUCGCCCAGGUCGCACCCUGCUACCCCAAGGAAACAGCGGAAUUUUCGUCUCAUCUUUCUACAUUGCUGCUAGAAAACUAUGCAACCUUGUCGCCGGAUACAAAGAAGGCUCUCGUCCAAAAUCUUGUCAUGCUCCGCAAUAAAAAUGUCAUAACGUCCAUCGACCUCCUCAAGACCCUCUUUCCUCUUCUUCCUCGCACCACUUCCUCUGCGUUGCGCUCUUCGAUCCGAAAAACCAUCCUCUCUGACAUACGUGCCGCAAAUAUCCAUUCAACAAACCACAAGCUCAAUCGUGCCGUUCAAGUCAUGCUCUUUGGUAUGGUUGAAAGAGGAAUGGACGGACAAGUUCUUGGUGACAAGGGUAAACUGAGAGCCUCCACCUCGCAGUCUGCUUCCCCAACCAACAGCCACGAUGCAAUGUGGGCUAUCAUUCUUACCAAAGAACUCUGGAGAAAAGGCAUUUGGACUGAUGUUAAACCUGUCUCCAUCGUUGCACUUGGCUGCUUCCAUCCCGUCGUCAAGGUGCAAAGCGCAUCUAUCCAUUUCUUUCUGGGUAGCGAUGAAGAAAAAGACGAUAGCGAUGAUGAGGAAGAAGAGACCAUAGAUGUCCGCUCUCUCCAUCAUCGCCGAGAAAUAAACAAGAAGACAAGAAGCGGCGACAAAAAACUUCAGAAGAAGCUCAACAGUGCCAAAAAGAAGCAACAAAACGGAAAAGGCGAUGCGAAUCCCAACUUCCCUGCUCUCCAACUCCUCAAUGACCCUCAAACAUUUGCCGAGAAACUCUAUGAUGUCCUCAACCACUACGAAAAACGGUUUUCGCUCGACCACAAGAUCCUCAUCAUGCAGCUCCUUUCCCGUGUCAUGGGCUCGCACAAGCUUUGCGUCCUCGGGUUUUACACAUAUAUUGUCAAAUACCUUACUCACCACCAACUGCGCGUCCCGGCUAUACUCGUCAGCCUAGCGCAGUCUGUACACGAACUGACACCCCCCGACGCGCUGACACCCAUUAUUCAAAAACUUGCUCACGAGUUCGUUCACCCAGGUGUGGCCAGCGAGGUCAUUGCUGCUGGGUUGAAUGCUAUACGCGAAGUAUGUAGGCGGCAGCCAUGGGCCAUGGAGGAAGACCUGUUGGGAGAUUUAGUCGAGUACAGGAAGAGUAAGGAUAAAGCCGUGAUAGCUGCAGCGAGGGGCCUUCUGCAGCUCUAUCGUGACGUCAAUCCGGGAAUGUUGAACCGUAGAGAGCGGGGCAAAGAAGCUAGCAUAGGAAUGGCUUUGGGUACCCAGCCUUUACCCUUCGGGCACAGCGCAGAUGCUGCUGUAGAUAUUGAGGGGCUUUUGUUAUUGGAAGACCAUUUCCACAAGCUUCGAGAAGAAGACGUGGAUAUAGAUGAGGCGAGCGAUGCUGGUUGGGAGAACUGGGAUGUCGAGUCUGACGAGUCAGAUUCCGACGAGGAAUCUGAAGGGUGGAUAGACGUAGACGAUGGCGAUGACCAGCUGGCCAUUAGCGAUAGCGAAGAUGAGGGCGAGGAGAAGGAUGGAACGAACGCCAAACCUGAAGACAGGGAUGCUGAAGAUCUGGUAAAGCGGGUUUCCACUCUGGCGACUACUAAGAUUCUGACGCCUGCUGAUUUCUCCCUGCUAAAUGAUCUUCGAAUACAAGCUGCUGCACAAGCUGUGGAAGCAGGCGGUGGUCCCAAAGCAAAACGGAAACUAGCCGCACUUGAGGGGAACAAAAAGGCAAUGCAGGGUGGGCAAGAGGACGCUUUCAUAUCAGAGAACGACAUCCUUGGUCCACGCAAGAAAGCAAAAGCUGAUUACGCAGAGCGAAUGGCGUCAAUAGCAAAGGGACGUGAAGGGCGAGACAAAUUUGGCUCACACAAAGGGAAGAAGAACAAGGAGAUGCCGAGCAGCUCAACGAAUCGUGAAAAGACUAGGAAUAAGCCAAUCAUGAUGAUAUUAAGUAGCGGGACGGUGAGAGGAAAGAAGAAGGCUUCGUUGAGAGAGAAGCAGCAGAAAUUGAGGGCCCAUAUUGAAAAGUCGAAAAAGGCCCGUCGGUAGGAUACGGAUUUAUGAGAAUGCAUAUAUAAAUAUUUACUUGGGUGUCAGUUGAACUUCCCU